GUAAGUUAGUAUGGAAACGGGCUUCGGUAGUAGGAUAGGAGUAGCGUAGGUCACAACGAUGAGCUACUGGGUCUUAAAAGACCUGCAGGCUUGUCCUGUAAGCUAAGCUAUGAUGCUUUCAGAUACUGCCGAGAGUAAUGUUGAGGAUCCGCGGCCUCUAAUGCUGCAAUUCUUCCACACCGAACAAGAGUGCAGAAGGGGAGGAGGAGCUCAGCCACGUGGAACAGGAACAGCACAGUCGGAGCAGAUUCACAGACAACAGCAAGGACCGACAACAUCGUCGAAUGGAGGCAAUCAAGUGUCGGGAUACCAUGGUCCGAUGGGCCCAAGACCGGAAACGACAAGGCAGCCAUCCGGUGUGCACGCUGGACAACUCCAAGUGAAUCCGACAUUCUCCCCACAAGGGGGUGGGGAAGGGCAGCAGAGUGGACAUGGGACACUAAAUGGUCAAUAUCAAGCAAGGGGAUUUCCGCCCCUAGACGGACAAGGAGGAAUGGGUCAGACAGGAGGAGGGCUGUCAGCUCAGAUGGGUCAGAUGUUAGGCAGUAUGAACAUGGGAGGAGGAGAGGGAGGCACAGGUUUCGCUCAGCCACAAGGUGUGCAUCCAAUGCCAUGGCAAGGAGGAGCAACCUCGGAAUGGCUGUUAGCAAACGGAAUCCACCCCGCUCUCUGGGUGGGCAUGAUGGGUAGACAAGGCACAACUCCAAUGUUGUAUCAGCAAGGGACGCAGGCGGGGCAGCAAGGAGCAAGCGGGGUAGGUUCGGAUACCGAUACGCCCAUUUCCCCUAUUCGGAGGGACCCAAGCAGGAGGAAUGACAAACAAGGGGCAAAAUUCCCAAUCAGGAGCAAAGACUCGAAAUCCAGGAAAGCAGAGACGUCUGAGUACAGCAUCACAGGUCGCACUCAUGCCGGAGCCGUCAGGAGCGUAAAGACUGUCGAAGAGUGGCUCGGAGAAGUCGGUUUCGGGGACACAACCGGAAGAAGCAAGAGAGCGAGGAUCAAAGCAUGGAUACACGAAAACAAGAUCUCGAUAGUCUGCUUCCAGGAGACGAAGCUAAAUAAUGAGAAGAUUGGGGAGAUGGGGAGAUGGUGGGAUGACCCUCAAAUCUGGGCAGCAGCGAGGGGAACGAGGGGAGAAGUGGGAGUACUAAUCCACCGGAAUCUAGAAGCAAUAAUGGAGGACUAUCACUCAGACUUGUGGGGCAGGUGGGCUUGGGUGAUCCUAAGCCAAGGUGGGUUUAGAUGGGGCGUGGCUACUGUCUACGCACCAGUGGAUAGAAAGGAGAGGUGUUCGUUCCUGGAGGAACUACGAGUAUCCCUGCCGAACGUGGACGAGCUAGUGAUUGGUGGGGACUGGAACAUGUCCCUGGAUGCUUUUCCGAAUCAGGCGACGAAGGGAUGCCCGAAAGAUGUCCUAGCUCUAGUGGACUUUAUGUCGGACAUGGACUUACAUGACGCAUAUAGGGACCUACAUCCAGCAGAGGAGGGAUACACCUGGUUCACACACCAGGGCAAAGGUAAGCGGCUGGACUACAUCCUUACAAGAGGAGAUACCAGAGAAAGGCCGAUCGGUAUUGCAGAAAACUCCAACCCAAUCUCGGACCAUAAACCAGUGGUAGGAGUCUUCAACUUCGGACAGGAGAACCCAAAGUGCAAGGGAUACUUCAAGCUAAAUGUGCUGAACCUCAGAGAUAAGGAACUCAACCAAUGGACACAAGAUUAUUGGAGAAGAUGGGAGAAUCAAAAGGAGAGGUUUGCCACACUGGCAGACUGGUGGGAGGUGGGGUCCAGAAUCCUAUCCAAUAUGUUGAAUGUCUUCUCUCGAGUCUUAGCACAAAACAGAAACAAGGAAGAGGAAAGAUGCUGGAGGAAAGUGCUACAGGCGGAGGAGAAGAUGAAGCAACAUUCAAUCUCAGAGCUAACUUGGGGAAAAGAGAGGGUCAGAAGAUUGGCAAUUUGGGACCAGAAACAGCAAGAGAAAUCCGAGGUUUGGGCGGAAAGGACAAAAGUUAAAGGGCUGGAGGUUUAUGACAGGAUGACGAAGGAUACCUUUCAAAAGUUGGUGUCGGCAAGAACGGGGCCAACGGUGAAGGAACUGAAGCAUCCAUUUGAAAAAGAAGAACCAGUGGCUGCCCAGCCGAAGGACAUCUGGAGGUACGCGACACUGUACUACAAAGAUAUUAUGACAACUCGAUGGUCGGGAGAAGGGCAGAUGCAGAUCUAACGCAGGGAUCCACACACUGGGACAAUACAACAGCUAGACUCUCAACUCAAGGAUGGCUAGACCUGGAUAAACCUAUUACGAAAGA